AUGGUGGCCUUGGUUUUCACCUUCAACAAGUCGCUCCUGUCUGUCGUAGUUUUUGCCUGGAACUGUUUUAUCAAACCCUUUUUCAACAAAAAGAGACAUGGGCCUGAACAGCAGAACAACUUGGAGUUGUUCUAUAAGAACCAAGCCCAUAUUUAUGACGAGACAAGAAGUGUGUUGUUGAAAGGCCGCAAAGAAUGUUUGAAAUUGGCUGCUAGUCACCUAGAAAAGCAACAAGAUCUUGUAUGGGUUGACAUUGGUGGAGGCACUGGUGCUAACAUUGAGUUUAUGGACUCAGUCAUUCCAGUUUCGUCUUUUAAGAAGGUGUACUUGGUGGACUUAUCUCCUUCGUUGUGUAAGGUUGCAACCAACAGAUUCAAGCAACACGGCUGGACUAAUAUCACCGUGUUAGUUGAAGAUGCAAGCAGCUUCAAAAUCGAAGAGAAGCAUGUUGACUUGAUAACCUUUUCCUACUCAUUAUCGAUGAUUCCAACUUUCUACAAUACCAUUGAUAAUGCCGUCAAGCUUUUAGAUUCGCUGGGCGUUGUUGCUGCUGUCGAUUUUGGAAUCCAGCUGCCGGAUACCUCUUUGGGUCGAAUCAAUACUGUUGGAGGUCUUAUUAACAGAAACCUUACCUGGUGGAACAGAAAUUUCUGGAGAAUUUGGUUUGAGGCCGAUAAGGUAUUUUUGGACUCCUCCAGAAGAAACUACUUGGAAUACCGGUUUGGAACAGUCAAAUCCAUUAAUUCUUUCAACAAGCAAUUAGGUAGAAUUCCUUACUACAUUUGGAUUGGCUGUCACAAAUCUCGAAACGAACACUUGGUUAACAGAAUCAAUUGUUUGGUUACUGAGUCACCAUACUUGGGACCUUUAAACGCUUCUGAUGUUGACUUAUCCAAUGCUCCCAUUUCCAAGGGACAUGAAGCUUUGGUCAAUAAUAUCUCCAAAAACUUGCCAUACCCUUCUAUGUACUACCAAAAAGAGAUUUGGAGAGUCUACUUUGAUGAUUUGAACCCGCAGUAUGAGCAGUUCAAGAACCAGUAUAUCUAUGCUUUUACCUGGGAAGAUCCCAAAGAAGAUCACAAGAUCUUGAAGUUCAACGAGAAUGAUACUGUGUUGGCUAUUACCUCAGCUGGUGACAACAUUUUACACUACGCUUGUUUGCCAAACCCACCAAAGAAAAUCCAUGCGGUUGAUUUGAACCCAUGCCAAAAUCAUCUUUUGGAACUUAAGUUGGCGUGUUUCAGAAACUUGCAUCAAAGAGAUAUCUGGAAGAUGUUCGGGGAAGGAAAAAUUGAAAAUUUCAAGGACUUGUUACUCAAUAAGCUAAGUGCAAGUGUUAGCUCCAACGCCAUGCAGUACUGGAUGGAAAGAGGUGAAAAAACUUUUGCAGCUAAAGGUUUAUAUGAUACGGGUUCCACUAGAUGGGCAUUGAGAUUGGCCAAAGGAAUUUUCACCCUUUUGGGCUUGAACAGCUACGUUGACCAAUUAUGCAAUUGUGAAACCAUGGAGCAGCAAUGCAAGAUUUGGAACACCAAGAUCAAACCAGCUUUAUUCAAUCCAAUUGUCGGAACCCUUCUUGUGGGAAACCCGAUCUUCCUCUGGAAAGCCUUAGGGGUUCCCGCUAAUCAAGCAAACAUGAUGGGUCCUUCUGUCUUGAAAUAUGUUGUCGAUACCUUGGAUCCCAUUAUCACCAGGUCGUUGAUUUCCAAAGACAACUACUUUUAUUACUUGACGUUGAAGGGUAGAUACACCCGGGAAAACUGUCCCCAAUACUUGACGACUAAGGGAUACAACAACAUCACCAGACGAAACCCCAAGACAGGAGAAUGUGCAUUGGACAACAUCAGAAUGCACACUGACACAUUGAAUGAUGUGUUCUAUCGAUUAAAGCAAGGAUCCUUGACAAUUGCCAUCAUUAUGGAUCACAUGGACUGGUUCGAUCCCAGUGGAAGCGAUGCAAUUAGUGAAGUUCUUGCCUUGAAGAAUGCUUUGGGUACAAAUGGCAGAUGUAUGUUGAGAUCUGCAGCACAAUACCCAUGGUACAUCAAGACAUUUGAAGAAAAUGGAUUUAGAUGUGAGCCCGCUGCUAUUAGGGAAAGUGGCCAUUCUAUUGACCGGACCAACAUGUAUGCUUCUACUUGGGUUUGUACCAAGCUUGAUGACAGCACUUUUUCUAGAAGAAGAAGUAGUAGAAUUAGCAGUUUGAAGAUUUAAAUAGAAAAUAAAGUGACAAAGAGGGAAGGUCGUACCAUAUUAAUGCUACCUUCACAAUGUGUGUAAUGUGAUGAACGUAGACACAUUUUCCAAUUUCUUCAUGGUAGUGUACCUUCGCUAGUCUGUGCAACCACAAUUUUCUC